AUGGUUUUAGUUCAAGAACAAGAGAAGAAGGGCAAGAAUCCAGGAAAUUCUAGCAGCUCAAUUCUAGCUGAACCAGUCACAAUUCAGGCAGAGGUUCCAGCAAAUCCAAUUUCUAGAUGUCCAUCUCAGCAAGUUGUCGAGCCUUAUAUUCCCUUGCCUUUCCCUCAAUGCAAAGUGCAGCCAAGGAAGAAUGUAGAGGAGGAAAAAGCUAAGGAAUUUCAAGAGAACGUGAUUCUAUUUAGCAAGAUGGAAGUUAAUGUUCCUUUACACGCAAUGAUUAAGCAAAUUUCCAAGUAUGCAAAAUUUUUGAAGGAUCUUUGUGUACACAAAAAGAAGUUGAAGGGGAAUGAGUUAAUUAUCAUGGGCAAAAAUGUAUCCGCACUCAUUCAAUUAGUUCCUUAUAAAUGUGAAGAUCCUGGAGUAUUCACGGUACCUUGUGAGAUUGGGAACAAUCUUUUUGAGGACGCUAUGCUAGAUUUGGGUGCUUCAAUUAAUUUGAUGCCAAGAUUAGUUUUUCAGACUUUAGGGAUUGGACCAUUACAACCUACAGGGGUUGUUAUUCAUUUAUCUGACCGCAGUCAGACUCGUCCAGCUAGAGUUAUUGAAGAUGUUUUAGUUAAGGGAGACUAUCUGGACAAUAGAUCACCUCUAAUUCUAGGAAGACCAUUCCUUAAGACUGCAAGGACAAACAUUGAUAUUCAUGCGGGCAUACUUUCCAUGGAGAUAGGAGAUAUAGUGGUCCAGUUCAGUUUUUGA